AUGGCGAAAAAAAUCAAAUGGUACAGCAUCUUGGAGGUUCUUUUUGGAAUCAUUUUAAGCAUUGCUGACCCCAUAACUGAUAUUCUUACACUGGUGGAAUUCUACCGCGCAGAUCACAAGACAUGGUUCGGUGUAGGGCUUACAUUCGUUAUUUUGCCAAGUGUGUUUUUUGUUGUUGUUAACUACGAAGUUAACAAGGUUACAGGGAGUAAAUGGCAGUCUGAGGCUUGCAACUUCAUACAUGUUUUAGUCCUCGGAUGCAAUCCACUCCUUCCCGCCUGGCUGAAACUGCGAACGCUUUAUUGCUAUCUAAAGAAGUUACUAAAACGCAGGCAAAGUAAUAACACCUAUCUAACGGAUGAAGACUUGAAUGAGCUACUGGACGGGACCAAAGUUGCUGUUCUAGUCGAGGCCGCUCUUGAAUCAGCUCCUCAGUUUAUUAUUCAGCUGUACGCCAUGGUUGUUCAACAGGAAUCGGUGUCGAUCAUUCAAAUGGUUUCCCUGCCCGUGUCCUUCCUCAGCUUGGCUUGGGCUUCUACUGUUGGCGAUGAGUUUUCUUACAGUCCCGUAGAAGACCUUGAUUUCAGCGUGAAAGAGAGAGUUCUACAUUUUGUAACGCACUUAUUUAUUUUAAGCAGUAGACUCUUUGCUGUUGCUCUGUUCACUGUAAGCUACAAGUGGUGGGUUACCAGUGUGUUGAUCUUUCACUGUACGGUGAUAACGAUACUUGACGUUUGGCGGGGACGACAAAGCUUCGACAAAUACAGCGCAUUUUUUACGGCUUUUUUUUCCUGCAGCCAUUGGCUACGAGAUGAUUUGUUACGCAGUUUUAGAACGCAGUUGGUCUCCAACGUGCUGUUUGUGAUAGAAAACAUCAUCAUGAUCCUGUUGUUUUAUUACAGUCAUUUCCCUCACACCUGGUACUCCUUACCAGUCACCAUCUGUGUCUGUUUAUUUGCUGUUCUUGGAGCCGUUAUGAGACUUACUCGCUCCUAUUUUUUGUAUAAGGAUUCAGAUGGUCUAUAA